GGGCGGCGGCCGGGUGGGCGAUGUGGCGGCGGCGGGCGCGGAGCGGUGGCGGUGGCCGUGGUGGUGGUGGCGGCGGCGGCGGCGGCCACCCGGGGGGCCGGUGGUGGCCCGCGGCGCUAGUGCUGGCCCUGGCGCUGCCCGCGGCUCGUCCCCGGGGGCUGUACUCGCCCAGCGACCCGCUGGAGCUGCUGGGGGCCACCACGGCCGAGGGCCGCAUCCUGGGCUCCCCCAGCGCCUGGGCCGUCGAGUUCUUCGCCUCCUGGUGCGGCCACUGCGUCCACUUCGCCCCCACAUGGCGGGCCCUGGCCGAGGACAUCCGCGAGUGGAGGCCGGCAGUGAUCCUCGCGGCCAUCGACUGUGCCGACGAGGCCAACCAGCAGGUGUGCGCCAGUUUUGGGAUCACCGGCUUCCCCACGCUGAAGUUCUUCAGAGCGUUCACCAAGAAGGCAGAGGAUGGGAUAAGGAUUGCUAACCCCGCUGCCACCGUCACGGAGCUGCGCCGUGCCAUCAUCACCAACCUGGAGCAGAGCCUGGACGCCUGGCCGCCCGCGUGCCCUCCGCUGGAGCCCGCGAGCGCGGAGGAGGUUCACAGCUUCUUCCAGAGGAACGGCGAGCAGUACCUGGCGCUGAUCUUCGAGAAGAGCGACUCCUUUGUGGGCAGAGAGGUGAUUUUGGACCUGCUGCAGUACGAGAACGUGGCGGUGAGGAGGGUGCUGAGCAGCGAGGAGGAGCUGGUGCAGAAGUUCGGCGUCACCACCUUCCCCUCCGGCUACCUGCUGCUCCGCAACGGCUCCUUCUCCCGCCUGCCCGUGCACCUGGAGGCGCGCUCCUUCUACACCUACUACCUGCGGACGCUCUCCGGCGUCACGCGCGGCUCCUACCGCCUGAACGUCACCGCCAGCGCUCCCAACGAGACCCGCGCGGUGCAGCCGAGGAGGGCUGACCGCUCCAAGGUGUACAUGGCCGACCUGGAGUCCGCGCUGCACUACUCGCUGCGGGUGGAGGCCGGCCGGCCGGCCGCGCUGUCAGGAGCCCAGCUGGCCGCCUUCAAGUGCUACGUGGCCACGCUGGCCAAGUACUUCCCCGGGCGCCCCUGCGUGCAGAGCUACCUGCAGACCCUGGAUGGCUGGCUGAGGAACUGGACGGAGCCCGAGCUGCCCCGCAGCGCCCUGAAGGAGGCGGUGAAGAACAACCAGGACGCCUCCCCCCCGGCCGUGCUCCCCACCAACGUCACCUGGGUGGGCUGCAGGGGCAGCGAGCCCCAUUUCCGCGGCUACCCCUGUGGGCUCUGGACCGUCUUCCACCUGCUGACCGUCCAGGCUGCCCAGGGCGGCCCCGACAAAGAGCUGCCGCUGGAGGUGCUGGGCACCAUGCGCUGCUACGUCAAGCACUUCUUCGGCUGCCAGGAGUGCGCCCAGCACUUUGAGGCCAUGGCAGCCAAGUCCAUGGACCAGGUGAAGGGCCGGGACGAGGCCGUCCUCUGGCUCUGGUCCCACCACAACGAGGUCAACGCGCGCCUGGCGGGUGGUGACACGGAGGACCCCCAGUUCCCCAAGCUGCAGUGGCCCCCGCCGGACAUGUGUCCCCAGUGCCACAAGGAGGAGCGGGGCGUGCACGCCUGGGACGAGUUGGCCGUGCUGAGCUUCCUCAAAACCUUCUUCUCCCCGGGUAACAUCGACCUGGACUACGCCGUCCCCGUCCCCCGGGCCGGGGAGGAGGCGGUGGUGGGCGCCAGGCUGGGCACCGCCAGCCCCCGGGAGAAGGAGGAGGAAGAGGAGAAGGAAAAGGAAGAGAAGGAGACGGAGAAACCCGACGGGGAGGGCGAGACGGGGCGGCCGGGCUCCCCCGAGCUGCGUCGCCCCAGCAUCGUGCGCAGGAACCCGCGGCUGCGGGAGGCGGGCGAGGACAUCGUGGACCUGGACUCCUUCAGCGAGCAGCACUUCAAGAGCAAGGCGCUGCGGGCAGCCGGCCGGCGCCGGCGGCUCAGCAAGCGGGACACCAUCCCUCUGCACCAGGACGCCGGCUGGGAGCGCCUGCGGGCUCCGGAGACCCGGGAGGAAGAGGAGGAGGAGGAGGGAGGAGGCUUGCGGAGGAGCCCCUGGCUGCGGGUGCUCGGCUUGGGCUUCUCCCGCUUGGACGUCAGCCUCUGCAUCGCGCUCUACUUCCUCUCCUCCAUGUGCCUCCUGGGCAUGUACACGUUUUUUCGGCUCCGUACCCGUGCCCGCAAGGGUCGCCCCGGCUUCCCCGUGGCCUGAGAGCGAGCCUGGGGGGACGGGGCAGCCCCUGGGAUUUGAGGGACCCCCCCCAGCUGCCUCGCACCCGGGGAGAGGUUUUGCUGCCUCUCCCA